UGAUGCUAUUUAACUGACUGAGACACAGUGCAUAAGCUUGGUGUGUAGUGAUGGCAAAUUUCAGCUAUUCAAUGAAGGCAUUUUCAAUUUUCCUCUUCUUCCUCCUCGCUUCAGCAUUAGUUUCUGCGAAGAAAACUGCUGAUGUAACGGAGUUGCAGAUCGGUGUGAAGUAUAAACCUACAUCAUGUGAAGUUCAGGCACACAAAGGUGAUAAAGUCAAAGUACACUAUCGGGGAAAACUCACUGAUGGAACUGUUUUCGAUUCUAGCUUUGAAAGAAAUAGUCCAAUCGAUUUUGAACUUGGCAGUGGUCAAGUGAUAAAGGGGUGGGACCAAGGAUUACUAGGAAUGUGUUUGGGUGAGAAGCGUAAGCUCAAAAUACCAGCAAAACUUGGCUAUGGGGAGCAAGGUUCCCCACCCACUAUUCCAGGUGGUGCAACACUGGUAUUUGACACUGAGCUUGUGGGAGUGAACGACAAAAGUCUUCACGAAGAGACACCAGACUCCGAACUGUAGACAAUUCAAAACUAAUAGAAUACUAGACUUUUGGUGAUCUUUGUUAGCUUUUUCUUUUAGUCCUCAAUAAUGCUUUCAUCUCCAGGGAUUCAGUGUUUUAAUUCUGAGGCUAAUGUAGAAGGAUUUAGCUGGUUUACUGUAUCAGUUAAAUACAUCUCUAUCUGGUAUUUUUUGGCGAUUAUAAUAUUUUGAGAAUUCAGUUUU